AUGGACGCCGUGGCCCGCUCUAUCACCCUGCUCACCCUGCUACUCGUAGUGGAACACGUCGCGGCGGAGGGAACUCGUAUAGGAAAAUUGAGCACCCAUUUCCACGAUGUGUCCGGAGAGCUGUACGCCUUGGACGAGAAGACUCUGAUGCUGAAGAAUUUUAACUAUGAUGGAACGGGACCAGACGCUUACUUCUGGGCUGGAUCCUCUACCCGUCCUGAUCACACAGGUUUCAUAAUCCCGGACGAGAAAGGUAGCAUGCGACCUCUCGGGGAAUAUCGGAAUCAAAUGGUGGUUCUGCACCUGCCAAGCGGCCGCAGCGUCAAAGAGAUGCGUUGGUUUUCCGUCUGGUGCCGCAAGUUCCGUGCCAAUUUUGCCGAUCUCAUUGUCCCGCGCAACUUGGUGGUCCCGGAAACGACCAGCCCUUCUAGACGCCCAUACACAGGCCGUCCUCACGGAUAAAUCCCUUUCGUUCGUUUCGCCAGUAAUAAAUGCUCUUCGCUGUUCAUGCUUCGA